ACAAGUUAGGAAUUCUUCAUUUUGUAGCUAACUGAUAAAAUAUGUUUACGGCUACUGUACAGGGUUUUCGUGUGGCGGUGACGGCAUUAGGACCUGGAGCAGCGCGCUUCGAGUAGACAGAUCAUGCGAAUCAAUUGAGGCCACUGGCAAAGCAGAGACAGUUUGAAUUAGUGAGAGGCAUGGACGAGGUGCUGCAGGCAGCGGCAAGCUGAUCUUUCUGUAGAGCUUCAUGACCAUCUCCAAACACUGAGUUUAUUCAAUCUGAGUUGCUUAUUUACGGUGUUUACUGUUACUUUACAAUUUGCGUGCAGGAAAUUCAGCGAUCAGAUGCGGACUGUGCGAAUUUAUGCUUCUCGUUUUGAGUUUGUCGUCGGACCGUAUUGGAUGGCUAUGGAUUCGAGUAUGCACUGAGGCUGUUUUCUCCUGGAUCUACCAGUCUUAAUGGAAACCAUGUCACCCCAGCAAGAAAGUACGGGCCAGAGUCGGUCCGCGUCUUUGACAGGGGAAGUUAAGGUGUGCGCUCUACCUGAAAACAAGAAGGCUGCCUGUGUAGGAAAAGCACGCUGAAGUCCACCGCGCGCGGCAGGAGAGUCUCGCGGCGAACAUGCGCGGAUCCCCGUGGAUUUUCACCGCGAAGAUGAAGAGUCUGACGCAGCGACGGCAGUCUGCCCCGUCUCUGGUCAUCAGCAAAGCACUCACCAGGACCAGAACCAUCUCCAGGGAGGCCUGCCUGUCCCCCAUCAGCCCAGAGGCUUGUCCACUUGUCCAGUCAUUCCUUGGGGGGUCCCGUCUGUUCAUCGCCCAUGGCCACGUCCAAAUGAAAACUGGCCUACAAACCCAAGAGCGCCACCUCUUCCUCUUCAAUGACAUCCUCCUCGUCACCAAAGCCAAGUCCUCCACACACUUCAAGCUGAAAGCCCAAGUGCGCGUGAGCGAGAUGUGGACGGCCAGCUGUAUGGAAGAGGUGUGUGAGGGCAGCACCAGCGCCGAGAGGAGCUUUGUCAUGGGCUGGCCCAUUUCCAACUGCGUGGCCACCUUCAGCUCCACAGAGCAGAAAGACAGAUGGCUGCACUUAAUUCAAAGCCAAAUCAGAGAGGAGAAGGAAAAAGACGAACCCAAGACUGUGCCGCUUAAGAUCUUCAUGAAGGAUACUGAGAGCUGCGCAUAUUCAAAGACAUUACAAGUCAGCAAUUCGGACAGUGCCACUGAGGUCAUUCGCAUGGCGCUGCAGCAGUUUGGGAUUUCGACAAGUGUGAGGGACUACCGACUGUGGGUGAUCUCCUGUAAGGAUGCCGCCCCAUAUCCCCUUAUUGGUCACGAGUUCCCCUUCAGUAUCAAGAUGAGUCACAUUCGAGAGCCUUCGAGCCACGUUGCUGGGAAGGAGGCCGCUUCUCCUGCGGGCCAGCAGGGGGUGGGGCUGUUGGGGCGGCCUCCCCUCGACUCGCAGUGCCAGUUCAUCCUCAAGCCAAGCCACGCGGCAGAGGGACACUCACUGAUGGAUCCCCUCAGCAAGACCUUCAAGAGGAAACGAUCUUUGCUGAACUGGGCUUUCUGGAAGGGCUCCACCACGCAUCUGGACGGGCCGCCCCCUUCACCUACCUCUCCACAGCCUGGAAUGCUCUUUGGCCUGCCGCUCAGCGCCGUUUGUCAGGGCGACACCCUCCCGAAGCCCAUAAUGGACAUGUUGGACGUGCUGUUCCACCACGGCCCGUACACCAGGGGAAUCUUCCGGCGCUCAGCCUCCGCCAAAGCCUGCCGGGAGCUGCGGGACAAGCUGGACUCCGGUGCACAAGACAUCCAGCUUGAGCACGAGGCCAUCUUCGUCAUCGCCGCCGUCUUCAAGGAGUUUCUGCGCAACAUUCCUGGGAGCUUAUUGUGCCAAGAUCUCUACAAUCAGUGGGUUGGGGUUUUGGAUGCAGCAGGCGAGGGAGAGGAGGAACGUGUGCAGGCCACCCAGAGGUUGGUGCAGCGGUUGCCAGUGGAGCACCAGCUCCUUCUGCGGCACGUGCUCACUGUGCUGCAUUGUGUGGACCGCCACUCCGAUGACAACCAGAUGAACGCCUUCAACUUGUCCGUGUGCAUCGCUCCCAGCAUGCUCUGGGCCCCAGCCCCCAGCAGCCCUGAGAUAGAGGGGGGGUACACCAAAAAGGUUUCUGAAGUGGUGUGUUUCCUCAUUGAGAACCAUGCCAAGGUGCUGAGAGAUGAUGGCACUGCCCACUUCAGGGAAUUCCCCCAGAAGCGGGGUAGCAGUGACCAGGGAUCUGACGUGUCAUCCUUCCAGAUGAACGACUCGUCUUACGACAGCCUGGAGAAUGAGCUGAAUGAUGACACAGAGUCUGCGUUCCAGGACCUGCGGCGGCGUAGAGACAAGCAGGACAACUGGAGCCGUGACUCUGUGAUCACGCUGAGCGACUGUGACCUGGACCAGCCUGAUGCCAGGCCGGACCCCGAACCGGAUCUCCUGCAGCUCCCUCCACUAGCCCACUCCAGAAAGUUUAUUCCAGCUAUACGCCAGCCGCACCCCCGGCCACACCCCUAUGGGGACAUGACGGGCCAGGACCUCCUGUGUCCUCCUGGCAGCGGGAGGCGAUUGCGUCGCUCCUCUGAGCCUAACAUUCGGCACCCCCCCGCCUGCCUGCCCGGCUUCCCCCAGGAGCACUCCCCCGUGAUCCGUAAGGCAAGCUACGAUGCUGUGACGGCCGACACCAAGAAGGAGGAGGGGGAGGAAGAGGAUGAAGAGGUGUUUGUGGGGCACAUUUGCAGUCUGAACCUGAACAGCCAGAUGGAGCCUGAAAAUAUCCAGGAUGUCCAGAAGGACAGGAACCAGGACAGGAAGACCACCCAGAGCACCACAGGCCGCAAGCAUAAGCAGCCCCCCCCACUACGCCUGGAUGCCAGCUGCUCCAGCCUGUCCUCUCCUGCGACGUCACCCUCGGCAUCCUCCAUGAGCUCGCUGGACAGUGCUUUCUCACAGUACUCCACUGACUAUGCUGUCUUCACUCCAAACGAGUCCUGUGGCAGCUCUCACGGAGCACAGGGGAGCACUUCUCCUUACUCCCCUCCUUUCACCUCCUCCAGCACCCCCUGUCCAGCCACCAGCUCCCCAACUCCCUCUAGCCAAUUCUCAGUGACGGUCCCUGUCCUCCCCAUUGCCCAGCCCAAGGAGACAUCUGACUGGGUUCAGCACCGGACUGCUCACGGCCUGCACCCCAACACCUGGCUGAAGAGGGACAGCCGCUUGUCGCUGCUGCAGAAAGACAGGGUGAGUCAGGAGAGUGCGAAGGAGAAGGAGCCUAGUGGCAGCCCUAGUACUGGACUCCAUUCCAGGCCCGCAGGGGCUUGCACUGGCCAGGAUGAGACGAAUGACAAAAGAGAUCGGAAGAGAUCCCAAGACCACGGAGGUCUGUCCAAGCGGAGAUCCAGCUGCCCACCCACAUACCAGCAGGCUAUUCUUCAGAUCCAAAAGUUGCCCUUCUUCCAGGCCAAGGACAAGACACCGACUGUGAAGGAGCCCCAGCAGCUUCAUGGCCAGGCUUCUGUGCACAGGCUCCCUGUGGGGUCAGACAGCACAGGAAGUGCUGAGACCUGCAGUAACAUGGCAGCUUCAGGCAGUGACUGCAGCCAGCCUCCCCAGGCAGUGUUUUUCGGACAGAGCCAGUCCUGUGUGACCCUGUGCAAAUGGCCCACGCACCCCCUCAGCCCCCCCACAGCUUUCCCGCGCCGGGCGUCUGAGCCCUCUGUGGUCCUGUCCAGCAGUCAAGAGGAGCCGACUCACCGAAGCGUGCCGGACUGCAGGCUCCGUGUGUCUGCCGUGGACAUACACGAUGACAGGGCAGGUCGGGACGAGGAGAUGAGGUUCUGCCUGUCUCCUUCUGCCACCAGGGCAGUGGAGAAGUACUUUUCUGCGCACACAGACCCAGAAGUGUGUCUGAGUCGCAGCCAAGAAGUGGCUUGGGCUAUCGUCCAGGGCAAACGAGAGUGGCAGAGUAGGAGGUGCAGUGACCCCAAGUUUGAUGACUUUGACCAAAUGUUGUUUGCUGAGGAAUCUUACGUCUGAAAAUGAGACCUUUUUAUAUUUUUAGUGUUUUUAAGCUAUUGUGAAGUUGUAGUUGAAAUUCCCUUAUUUGUGUACUUGGGAUCAGGUUUUAUCUGUUGUAUGUUGCUGCCGAUCACUCCAAAGUGUUUGUAUGCUUGCUCACGCAAACACGUCAUUGCAAAUCAUCAGACAUCCAGCUGCUGCUAAAGGCCCGUGUUUGAGGCAUGAGGCCUCGGGGGCUGUGGGCCUCUGAGAUGCGACUCUCUCAUGCCAAGUAGGGGGUGUUCUUCAUUGUUUCCUUCCUGUUUUGUGACCGGUGAGGACAGGAGGCACCACUUCUUUUUCUCCCCAUGUCUGAGCUCUGCAGUCUCUGAAACGCGAUGCACAAACACACAGGCAUGCAGGAUGUCUGCCUCGGGCUGUUAUGUAGCAAUAUGGACGUAGAAUAGUGGAGUAUAAAUGUAGGGGACAUAAUGCAUGUAGGCUUACACAAUUAUCUAGUCUGCCUAUCUUUAAAAAGUCUAUAAAAAUAUAAAAUGUGCAUCUUUAGAACAUUAAAAAAUACCUUUAUAUAUACCUUUAUAUAUAUAUAGUGGGAACAACACUGUAUGUGCAGAGCGCAUGAAAGAUGUUGUCUAAUGUAUAGGCCAUCUGUCGUAGAUCCUGCCUUCAGAACACGCAGUGUGGGAGUGCUGAUCAGCUUUCAGCAGAAGUUUACUGACAUGUCCUCGUGGCUUCUUUAAGUAAUCAAUGAAGGUGUGUGCGAGACGAGGACCUGUUUGCGCAUAUAUUAUAUGAUUGCACAUCAGUGUGUGUGUGUGUGUGUGUGUGUGCGUAUGUGGGUGAGAGAGAGAGAGAGAAAGAAAGCUCAUAUUGAUCUGGGCUAAUACAGUCCAGUACCAGGAAGGAAUGUGGGAAUGUUUGUCCUGCAGAAAGUUGAAAUAUUUCACAACACUUAAUUCUGCUCUACUUUUAAAUCCGGUGCUGCUUUUGGAUAUAGGAAUCUCAGUGUGGUGUGAGACACAGAGUGUGAGUGUGCGUGCGCAUGUGUGGUGUUUAAAGCUCUAGAUGUCAGCGUGUUUGUACAGGCAAUUUUUUCUUGUAAUUUUAUUUUUCCCAAAGUUCUUUUAACAGAUUAUAUCGCUGCCAAUAAUGCACACUUGUAUGAUUUUUGAUAUACGUUAUUGCGGAAAACAUUCUAUAUAUUAAAUAUAUUCUAUAUUUUCAUUAUUUCCAUUCAUUUUGUUGGAUGUGUAUAGUUGUCUAUUUGUCUGUAUGAUGCUUCAGUGCAAAAUGCAGUCAUUGUAGGAGCUGAAGGAACCCGAAGGUGUAUUUUUGUAUCGGCGAUCCUACUGCUGCUGCCCCAUUUCGGGUAUAUUUACGAUAAAAUCGCCUCAUUUGUUUAUUGUGUUAAUCUGAUGUGUAAUGCACACAUGAAAGGAAUUACAGUGAUAAUAAUAAAGCAUCACACUCCUAAUGAAACAUUA